CCCAAAAAGGCUUUAAGAAAAUUGAUUCUUCAUCAUCAUCUCCGUCCUUCACAAAACUCGGAAAGCAUCUCACUUUUUCAUUUCUUUUAUACAGACACAAACAUAAUCACAGAAAAGCUCUGUUCUUGUUCUUUCAUUCUUUAAUUCUUUUUUUCCUAAAAAGUUUCCCCUUUUUUUUGUGGGUUUGUAUUCUUUGUUUCGUCUACUUAUAUAUUCAUCGAGCUGUGCUUAUUUAUUAUUCUCUCUUUUCGAAUCAAUUUUUGAGUUUCUUGAACUCCGGCGACCGGAGAUCCGAGUUCUUGUUCGGUUUUUAAAAGGAAGUCGAAGAAGAUGUGGUGGAUGAUGGGAGAAAACGGUGGUCACUAUUGCUCUAAAAAGUCCGAUGAUUUAUGCGGCUCACAGGAAUCUGAUCGAGGCUUUGGCAUCUCUAGACUCUGCUGCAUCUUGCGUGGCGUAGACUUAAAAUCAAUCCUUUUCCUCUUAGUAAUCGUCCCAAUGUGUGUUCUUGGUGUAUACAUUCACGGCCUCAAGAUCUCAUACUUCUUGAGACCUUUAUGGGAAUCACCUCCAAAACCAUUCCACGACAUCCCUCAUUACCACCACGAGAACGCUUCCAUGGAAUCUCUCUGUAAACUCCACGGCUGGGGAAUCCGUGAAUACCCUCGUCGUGUCUACGACGCCGUUCUCUUCAGCACCGAAGUUGAGCUUCUCACCAUACGGUGGAAAGAACUGUACCCUUACGUGACUCAGUUUGUGCUCCUUGAGUCCAACUCCACUUUCACCGGUUUACCAAAACCGCUCGUCUUCGCUGGACACAGAGACGAGUUUAAGUUCAUUGAGCCACGGUUGAGUUACGGUUCUAUAGGAGGAAGGUUCAAGAAAGGAGAGAAGAAUCCGUUUUACGAAGAAGCUUAUCAAAGAGUCGCUUUGGAUCAGCUUUUGAGACUCGCUGGUAUUACUGAUGAUGACUUGUUGAUCAUGUCUGAUGUUGAUGAGAUACCGAGCAGACACACGAUUAAUCUUCUCCGUUGGUGCGAUGACAUACCAAAGAUCCUUCACCUUAGACUCAAGAACUAUCUUUACUCGUUUGAGUUCCCUGUUGAUGAUAAGAGCUGGAGAGCUUCAGUUCAUAGGUACCAGACGGGUAAAACUAAGUACGCGCAUUACAGGCAAUCGGAUGUGAUCUUGGCUGAUUCUGGAUGGCAUUGUAGCUUCUGUUUCAGGAGGAUAAGCGAGUUUGUUUUCAAGAUGAAGGCUUAUAGCCAUUACGAUAGAGUGAGGUUUGCUCAUUACUUGAAUCCCAAGAGGGUUCAGAGAGUUAUAUGCAGUGGAGAGGAUUUGUUUGACAUGAUCCCGGAGGAGUACACGUUUAAAGACAUCAUCGGGAAAAUGGGUCCGAUUCCGCAUUCUUACUCGGCGGUUCAUCUUCCGGCGUAUCUUCUUGAGAAUGCUGACAAGUAUAAGUUUCUUCUUCCAGGGAACUGCUUGAGAAACGAGGAAUGAUAUGAUGGUUCUUGUAACUAUGCUACUACGACUAACUCAUGAUUCUUGAUUCUUGAUUCUUUGUUGAGUAAUUUUUUGAAAGAAGUUCUUGGCGAUUUUUAUUGGUCACUUUCGUGUACAUAUACAAUUUAAUUUAUACCCUUUUAGUGUUAUCUCUUUGUGGA